AUGGCCCUCCCCGCUACAGGACGAAUGGGGAAAUACAGACUGAAGGUGGAGGAGCGAAACGGUGGUUGGCACGAGCCCACAUCGUCGACGAAAGGCCCUCCGCCGCCGACGCCCGCUUGGCCGUUGUUGAAGCCGUCGACGUCUCUCUGGCUGUUCUGUGUCCUCAUGGUGCUCGGGACCUUCUCCCUCGGACGCAUUUUGUUUCGUCGACUCCCGGAAGGUCUCGUGGCGGGUCCGUACGACGCGGCAACCUCGCUUCCAAUCUGCCGCCCGCUCUCAUCAUUUGAACCACCUCCGUACCGCAAGCAGCGUCAUGGCCGCGGUCGUCGAGACUCCUUUCGGACCGAAAGCGAAAUGCAACAGUGGGACAACAUGCUAGACCAAGUUCAUCGCAGCCUCGUUCGGGCCAAGAGACGUGCCGCAGUGGCAAAUGUGUCCUCGAUACAUCGGAAAUUCACACAAUUUGGAUCCAUUUUCCACCCUUCCAAGACUCAGGCGCUUGACGAGCUCGUCUCUGCCUACAAUGGUUCUCAGAAUUUGGUCAAUACGGUCCUCCAGCAUACCUUAGACGAAACACCCGCCAAAGACGAAGCCUACGAGGCAUCCUUCGGUUUUGACAAUGCCCCGGACCUCGGACAGGCAGAGCAGAAAGAGUCACUGGGCUGGCUCAGACAGAGCAUCGACUGUCAGCCUCAGCUUGAAGCGGCACGCCAUAUCGCAGAUGGUGCGGCCUGCCACGCCUCGGCGCAUCGAACGGAGAUGUUGGAGGCAAUCACGCGCGUCGACAAGUUCGGGGCCAGCUUGAGGGAGCGGCAAGGAGAACGUAUAGAGGAGACAGUCGUUUAUCACAUAAAGCAACUAUUGUUCAGCUGGUACAAGAGCUAG